UUCGCCCGAUAAUACAAACAAGCCGCCGGACAUAGUGGAUUCGGUUGAACAUGAGAAAAACCGCCUGCUUAUGAAUUAACAUAAAUUUAGCCUCCAUGAAUGCAUGAUUUUUUAAUUUCUUCACUCUUUUGGAAGUGGCAGUAUAUAAUUGCGCAUGAACUGGGAUAAAAUAUUCAGUGACAAAUAGCUAAUCCUAUAAUAGGAAACACACAGUCACACUCCAGUAUGGCGGAAAGUAUGAUGAGUAAAGCAGCCACUAUGGAGAUUCCUAUUAACAGUAAUGGGGACUCUAGGAAUCUGGCAGAAGAUGACAGCCUGGAGCAGGCUGCAAAGAUUCAGUGGAGCUUAAGAGAGAAGGUAGGGAGUCCCGCAGGCCUCAGGGACUUACAGCAGGUCAUGGUGUCUGGGCCCAACCUAAAUGAGACCAGCAUUGUAUCAGGUGGUUAUGGAGGUACAACAGAAGGCAUCAUUCCGACCAGUUCCAUUAAAGACCUGCGAAUGAAGUCUAGGGGUGUUAGCAUUGCCCCAAGCCAGAUUGCUGCCUGCCGAAUAGCCCACCAAUCAGAAGACAUCCCCUGUAUCCAAGGGUCCAACAUGCAUCACGGCAGUAGCAAUUCCUCCAUGACUGCAGAAGAGGCCACAAGAGGCGUUGCUGUGGAGAAAUUUGACAUUGUGAAGAAAUGGGGCCUGAACACAUAUAAGUGCACCAAACAGCUGAUCUCGGAGAGGUUUGGCCGUGGCUCACGUACUGUGGAUUUGGAGCUGGAGGCUCAGAUCGAGGUUCUGCGGGAAACCAAACGGAAGUACGAGAAUGUGCUGCAAUUGGCGCGAGCGCUAACCAACCACUUUUACAGCAUGGUGCAGACACAGCACGCCCUCGGAGACACAUUUGCCGACCUCAGUCUUAAGUCUCCAGAACUUCGGGAUGAGUUCGGUUAUAAUGCAGAAACACAGAAGUUGUUGUGCAAGAAUGGAGAGACUCUGCUCGGUGCCAUCAACUUCUUUGUGUCCAGCAUCAACACAAUGGUGAACAAAACAAUGGAAGACACACUGAUGACUAUCAAGAUGUAUGAGAAUGCCAGGCUAGAGUUUGAUGCGUACAGGGCAGAUCUGGAAGAGUUGAACAUGGGCCCACGGGACGCUGUUACUAUGGCUCGUAUCGAGGCUGCUCAGCAGCAGUACCAGAUCCACAAGGACAAAUAUGAACGUCUCCGCAGUGAUGUCAGCAUCAAGCUCAAGUUCCUGGAAGAAAACAAGGUCAAGGUGAUGCACAAGCAACUUCUCCUGUUCCAUAAUGCCAUCUCUGCUUACUUUGCUGGAAACCAGCAACAGCUGGAACAGACCCUCAAGCAGUUCAACAUUAAACUCAAACCACCAGGGGCUGACAAACCCUCUUGGCUGGAAGAACAGUGAAAGUGCCCGUUUACCCCUGGUUUCCUGUUAUAUGUCUUUAGCCACACAGAGCAACACAGUAGGACCAGCGUUCUGAUGCUAGCAGAGACAGGGGCUCCAACAAAGCCUCCUUCACACUAACUCUCUCUAUACUUCUCUUCCUUGAUUCUUCUUCUCCUCCUCCUCAACCUGUUCUUGCUCUGAGACUGUUUUCAAGUGUCUGAAUAGUCACCUCUAGUACAGUAUGUAACCGGUCUUUAAGGCUUCAAUCAAAUGUCAAAGGUAUCAGUUUCUUCAUCCCUAUAAAUAUCAUUAAACCAACUGAAGCAAUCUUUCUGAUAUAUCCGUCAGAACAGCUUUGAUCCAGAUUUUGCUCAGUCUUACGCUCUAUCUCUCGGUCAGUGACCACAUCUUUAGGAACUUUUUCCUUUUGUUUUUCUGUGAAAAGCGUUUUAUUUUGCUACUACUGUCUUUUUCUGUAUUGUAGAUUUGGUUUUGUAGUUAAUGGGGGAUGCAAAUUAUUCCUAUCACAGAGCUUUCAGUGUCAGUGGUUCUAACAAAAAGUAAUCUUAUUUUGAUAAAAUUCCAAUAUAGUUUUAUCUGAUAGUGGAAUUGCAUCCUUGUACAUUUGUAUGUUUACUAGGCCAUGGGAGCACCGAGUCUAUCCUUAUCCAGCUGUCUCUCUUAAAAACACUUGAAAUACAUGAAAUACUACAUUUAAUAUCAUAAAACGAUUUACUCAUUUUAAGUUAUUUAACCUUAAAUUAAUAAUACUAAAAAAUGUCAUGGACUGAAUUUCAUCAGAUGUAGGUACACAGUUUCCUGCACGUUUUAACAAAGUUCGGGAAUAUGAAUCUAAAAUCACUGUCUUUACUCGAUAUUGUUAAUUUACUGCUUUGAAUUUAUGAAGCAUGAUUGUUUUCUCUAAGGGAGAGGAGUGUUUUUUUUUUUUUUUUUUGACAAUUAUAGCUUAUUGUGUCCUAUUAUGUACCAAUGCACAAUGCCGUAGAAUGUUUGAAGGUGUAUGUUAAUUUUUUAAGUUAAUAAUCAUAAGUUAAUCAAGGAAGUGUAUGUAUGAGUUGCAUUUGAUUGUUUAAAAAUCGUCCAGUUAUUGAGGCCCAAUGUUAUCUGCCUCUUUAUCCACCAAAACGUGCACUAAAGUUUAUGUAUUGACCUGUGUUCUGUUAACAUGAGCAAAGCCCUAAUAUUGUGCAUUUAAAUUGCAAUUGGUUCUGAUGCAAUGUGGUAAAUGCCUUUAUUUGCCUUGGUCAAUAAAAAGGCAAUUUUCCCACUUAAAUAUUUAUAUACCCAUUAAUAUCAACAUUUGUUUCUGCCAUAUUAGUGCUGAUGUGUUAUUCCAUUAACCCUCACAAGUUUAACAAAAAUAUAGUACAAAAUCAAACAUUUUGUAAUAAUAUAAACAUUUCAGAAUAUAUAUUUUUUUGUAUGCAUUUUUAUUUGUGAUCAGAUCGUAUAAUCAGAUUAGUCUUAAUGGGUUUUCUGAAAAUAACUACAUAAUGCUCAUUAAAAAGCCUUCUUUUUUAUAUAUAAAUUAGAUUAGUGUUUUGUUUUGUUUUCUUCAAAAUACACAUGGAAAUGUUGGUUUUGCUUAAAACAGACUUAUAGCAGUGAUAGUGGGGUUACAGUGCAGACUGUCAGAUUACAGUUUUAUUUUUUAUUUCAUUAUGUAAGACUGAAAUAACGACUGAUCUAAUGUUCAGUACUUUUGAACAUUGCACUAAAUCUUUGUAAGCUUGAGAUGAAGCAAUACUGAAGAUGUUUUUAAAAAGUGUAUUUUCAUGUAUGCCUAUAUUGGCUGUUCCUUGUGUGUUUCUGCAUGGCAGGUCUGAUGAAAUCAGUUGUACAUUUCCAUGCAUUGGGAUCCUGUUCAAUGUAUCAGCAAAACACUAUAUGGGUAGUAGAGCAGCAAAAUGUUUUAAGGAAAAUCAAAACAAAAGAUUUCUUGUGAAUGCUGCAGAAUGCUUGAAAUUUAAUUUGAAUGUCAAUUGUCAACCAUCGAUGAUCGUACAAUGUUUUUUUUUUUUCUUUUCUUUUUUUAAAUGCAUUUAAGUUAAAUUGCCUAAAUUGAUUUCGUUUUCAAGGACAGCAUGGUAAUCCUAGAAGAUAAACUUUUUUUAUACCAAGUAUUUUUUUUUUUUUUUUUAUGUCCUGGCACAUUUGUUUGGCUGCGGAGAUGGCAGUUUGUCUUAUUAUUUUCAUCCUCAGAGCUGGAGAAAAGGGUUCCAUCUUGAGCCCCAGAAACUGAACUGAUUGAUGAAGUUAUGGAGAUUUGUACCAAACUCAAUGGGAUUUUACAUUAAGAACCUUCUGAACACUAAUUAUUCCCAGUAAAUUUAUAUUUCUUUUUCAGAUCAAAUGCAUCCGUUAAGUUUCUCUCUCUCUCUCUCUCUCUCUCUGUAUUAUUAUUCUUGCUAUUAUUAUUUUGAUUUCUGUUAACAGAAGUUUUUGGCAUUGAAAUGCGAACUCCAUUAGUAGUUUUAGAGCAUAGCAGAAUGCAAGGGUUAUAAAUAUUAGCAUAUUUAUUCAAUCAAUAUUUUAGGCUGCUUUGUGGUAUUGUAGUGUAUGAGUGAUUGUAUAUAUGUAAAAAAUAAUUGAGACAGAUUUUGAAACCCAUGGUGUUAGCCUUUGCUCCUGGCUUUGACCAAACCUUUGACCAACAAAUGUACAAGAACCCACCAGAUAAAAUUUGAAAGUUU